UUCCUCUUGAACUUCCCAACACAUUCAAAGCUCAUCUUCUUCAUCUGAAAAAAUCACUCGAAAAUGGAGCAUGAAGGAAUUCUCCUGGGCAUGGGAAAUCCUCUCCUCGACAUCUCCGCCGUGGUGGAUCAGGAAUUUCUGGACAAAUAUGAUCUUAAGCUGAACAAUGCGAUCCUAGCCGAGGAGAAGCACUUACCUCUGUAUGAAGAGAUGGCAUCCAAGUUCAAAGUGGAGUAUAUUGCUGGAGGGGCUACUCAAAAUUCUAUCAGAGUUGCCCAGUGGAUGCUUCAAAUUCCUGGCGCAACAAGUUACAUCGGUUCCAUCGGGAAGGACAAGUUUGGAGAGGAGAUGAAAAAAAAUGCAACACAAGCUGGUGUUAAUGUUCAUUAUUAUGAGGACGACUCUCCUACUGGUACAUGUGGUGUAUGUGUGGUUGGUGGCGAAAGGUCACUCGUUGCCAAUUUAUCAGCUGCAAAUUGCUACAAACCUGAUCACUUGAAGAAACCAGAAAACUGGGCUCUGGUGGAAAAGGCCAAAUUCUACUACAUCGCCGGAUUUUUCCUCACGGUUUCUCCGGAGUCUAUCUUGCAUGUCGCUGAGCAUGCAGUUGCUAAUAACAAGGUUUUCUUGACAAACCUUUCUGCUCCAUUUAUCUGCGAGUUCUUCAAGGAUGUCCAAGACAAAGUAUUUCCGUACAUGGACUAUGUUUUUGGAAAUGAAACUGAAGCAAGAGCUUUCUCCAAAGUUCACGGCUGGGAGACGGAUAACGUUGAGGAAAUAGCUGUGAAAAUUUCCCAGCUGCCAAAGGCAUCCGGGACCCACAAGAGAAUCACUGUAAUUACACAGGGUGAAGACCCAGUUGUGGUUGCCGAGGAUGGUAAGGUGAAGUUGUUGCCCAUCAUCCCGUUGCCAAAGGAGAAACUCGUCGAUACCAAUGGUGCAGGUGAUGCAUUUGUGGGUGGAUUUUUGUCGCAAUUGGUCGUGGGCAAGCCUAUCGAGGAAUGUGUGAGGGCAGGAUGUUACGCAGCUAAUGUUAUUAUUCAACGAUCAGGUUGCACCUACCCAGAGAAGCCCGAUUUCAAGUGAGCCAUCCUCCAAUUUUCCCUGAAUUUUUCUCUGUUUUUUUUUUUUCUUGAACUAUGAACACAAUAAACUUGUUUGCUGAUAUAUAUUUUUUUUUUUUGCGGCAUUUGUGUGCGCUAUCAAAGUAGUGCCUGUUAAACACAUCUGUGAGUCAGUUUGAGGAGAAAAGUUUUACUGAAACUGUUGUACUUGUUUUUGUCAGCCACUGAUUACAUGAUAUAUCAAAAUCCAAGUGCCUAUUGAACACAUUUGUGAGUCAGUUUUGAGAAGAAAAACUUCACUGAAACUUUUGUACUUGUUUUUGUCAGCCACUGAUUACAUUAUAUUAUCUAAGUCCAAUCAGUCAGUUUGAAUAAUAUUGGUUAUAUUUUG